AUGAAACUCAAGAAGCUCGAAAGUUGUUUGCAACAAGUCGACACAUUUGAGACACCAAAAGUACUCCUUGAGCAGUAUCCAACGAGCCCUCACAUCGCAGCAUGUAUGCUAUAUACAAUCCAUAGUACAUUUAACGACAUUGAAGGAAAACUAGUGGCAGAUUUGGGAUGUGGAUGCGGUAUUUUGAGCAUUGGAGCUGCAGUCCUUGAAGCAGGUUUUUGUAUUGGUUUUGACAUCGAUAACGAGGCCUUGGAAAUAUUCAGAAGAAAUGCAGAAGAAUUUGAGAUUUCAAACUUGGAUUUUGUUCAGUGUGACAUUAGUAGUUUGGAGCUUGAGGCGUAUUCUUCCAAAUUUGACACAGUUAUCAUGAACCCACCUUUUGGUACAAAACGCAAUCAAGGUAUUGAUAUGAUAUUUCUGAAGACUGCUUUAAAGUUAGCAAAUAAUGCUGUGUAUUCACUUCACAAAACAUCGACACGAGAGCACAUACAGAAAAAGGCACAUGAUUGGGGUGUUACAAUGGAAGUAAUAGCAGAACUUCGAUACGAUAUACCAGCAUCUUUCAAGUUUCACAAGAAGAAAUCGGUGGAUAUCCAGGUGGACUUCAUAAGAUUCUCUAAACUUUGA